AUGUCUUCGAAGUCAUACUUUGUGGCCGGAGGCAACAGAGGUAUCGGUCUAGAGUUGGUCAAAGAACUAAGUUCCAAUGCGAAAAACAUUGUUGUGGCCACUGCUAGAGAUCCAAGUUCUGCCGCUGAUUUGAAAGAAUGGGCUGAUAAACAUUCCAACGUAAAAAUCGUGCCAUUGGACGUCACCUCCAGCAGCAGCGUUGAAGCCGCUGCCAAGGAAACCUCUAAAAUUUUGCCAGACGGACUCGACACUUUGAUCUCGAAUGCUGGAUUUCUACAGAAAAUUGGUAGUAUCCUGGACCACCCUACUGUACAUGGAGCAUUUCAACAUCAAUACCUUGGGUGCCAUUAGAGUGGUCAGAGCUUUCAAACCGCUUCUGGACAAGAAGGACACGAAAGAGGUCGCAGUGGUCACUUCUGUCGUGGGCUCUCUCAACAUCGACUUGCCCGCGCCUUUUUCAGGUUAUGGAGUUUCCAAAGCUGCUGCCAACUACGUGGUGAAAGCAUUAAUCCAAGAUCUUUCUCCAGCCGGUUACAGCUUUGUUGCGAUCCAUCCUGGUCUAGUGGGCAGCGACAUGGGCAACGACUCGUUGGAUCAGUUGAACGAUGAUGUUGCAGCUGAAUUGAGAAAGGCGCUACCCUAUUUAACUCCCCAGGAGUCUGCCAAGGCUAUAAAGGAAAACAUUUUGAAUGACCUGAAAUCCAAAAACGCAGGUAAGUUUAUGAGCUACGAUGGCACUGAGCUUCCAUGGUGA